GGCUCUAUACUUUGCUUAACCCUGGGAAGUGGUCAUCAGCCUUUGACCUCAGCCCUCCCCUCCUGACCACAUCCAUCCCCCACCCCAGCCUCCAGGACUCAGAUUUGGAGCGCAGAGCCCGUGUGAGAGGGAUUGACUGCUCGGGCAGCGCGACCUCCGUCUGCCAGCCCCGGAGAUCAGCGACCAUGUUUUCCAGCGCUUCGGGGAAAAGGCAGCUGUGUCUUCUCUCUGUGCUGCUCCUCGGCCUCUGGGGUCCUAUGGUCUGUCAGGGGAGCCCGGUGGAAGACAUCUGCUUGGCGAAGCCGAGGGAUGUUCCCGUGAACCCCAUGUGCAUUUACCGCGUCCCGGACAAGAAAGCAACUGGGGAGGAGGGUGCAGAGCCAAAGAUCCCUGAGGCCACCAACCGCCGGGUCUGGGAACUGUCAAAGGCCAAUUCCCGCUUUGCCACCACCUUCUACCAGCACCUGGCCAACUCCAAGAAUGCCAAGGACAACAUCUUCCUGUCGCCCCUGAGUAUCUCCACGGCUUUCGCUAUGACCAAGCUGGGCGCCUGUAAUGACACCCUCAAGCAGCUGAUGGAGGUUUUUAAGUUCGAUACCAUUUCCGAGAAAACAUCUGAUCAGAUCCACUUCUUCUUUGCCAAACUCAACUGUCGACUCUAUCGAAAAGCCAACAAAUCCUCCAAGUUAGUAUCGGCCAACCGCCUUUUUGGAGACAAAUCCCUGACCUUCAAUGAGACCUACCAGGACAUCAGCGAGGUGGUCUAUGGUGCCAAGCUCCAGCCCCUAGACUUCAAGGCAAAAGCAGAGCAGUCGAGAGAGACCAUCAACAAAUGGGUAGCCAACAAGACGGAAGGCAGGAUCACCAACGUCAUUCCCCAGGGAACCAUUGACGAAUUCACUGUUCUGGUGCUGGUUAACACCAUUUACUUCAAGGGCCUGUGGAAGUCGAAGUUCAGCCCUGACAACACAAGGGAGGAGCUCUUCCACAAGGCCAGCGAAGAGACAUGCUCAGCAUCUAUGAUGUACCAGGAAGGCAAGUUCCGGUACCGGCGUGUGGCAGAAGGUACCCAGGUGCUGGAGUUGCCCUUUAAGGGUGAUGACAUCACCAUGGUGCUCAUCCUGCCCAGUCCUGAGAAAAGCCUGGCCAAGGUAGAGCAGGAGCUCAGCCUGGAGGUGCUGCAGGAGUGGCUGGACGAGCUGGUAGAGACCAUGCUGGUGGUCCAUGUGCCCCGCUUCCGCCUGGAGGACAGCUUCAGUUUGAAGGAGCGUCUGAAGGACAUGGGUCUGCACGACUUGUUCAGUCCUGACAGGGCCAAACUCCCAGGAAUCACCGCCGAGGGCCAGGACCUCUAUGUCUCUGAAGCCUUCCACAAGGCGUUUCUGGAGGUAAAUGAGGAAGGCAGUGAAGCAGCAGCGACUACUGGCAUAAUGUUCUCUGGACGUUCUUUGAACCCCAACAAGGUGACCUUCAAGGCCAACAGGCCCUUCCUGGUUCUUAUAAGGGAAGUUGCUCUCAACACUAUCAUCUUUAUGGGGAGAGUAGCCAACCCUUGUGUCAACUAAAAUAUUCUCACUCUUUGAGCCUCUUCCUAGUUUGGUUUGUGAACAGAAAUAAAGAUAAAUACAAGUGCGCCCAUCUCACAAUUAUGAAUGGACACAACCAGGUGAAAUAAAGACCAGGGAUGGAAAAGCA